UCCAGCCGCAAGAGGGAGGUGUUGAUUGUGAUACAGAACCGAGUUGUCUGCUGCUAGUCUGCCUAUCAUCAUCAUCAUCAUCAUCGGGGUCUGGCUGGCUGUUGUAUUUGCGUCGGAACGGUCCGAGCUAAAAAAGUGAUUUGGCUAAAGGAUGUGGGAUUAAAAGAGUAUAAACGGACAACAUACCUCCCUGGUUUUAAUUUGUUUAACGUUACCGUCUCUGCUUCGAAAUGUCGGGGAAAAUAGAGAGUAAGCAAGACUCCCAACGCUCCCAUUUGUCUUCCUUCACCAUGAAGCUUAUGGACAAGUUCCAUUCUCCCAAAAUCAAAAGGACACCCUCGAAGAAAGUCAGUAAGCCACCUUUAGAACAUAGCGUCAAGACUGCGGAGAAACCUGCUAACAAGGGUUUGAGUCGGUUAGAGGAGCAUGAGAAAGACGUGGUCAGUGCCUUGCGUUACUUCAAGACCAUCAUUGACAAGAUGGCGGUGGACAAGAAGGUGCUGGAGAUGUUACCAGGCUCUGCCAGUAAGGUCCUGGAGGCCAUCCUGCCUUUAGUCCAAGUGGAACCAAGGAUCCAGCACAGUUCAGCGGUGUCAUCUUGUCUUAACCGUGUGUACCAGAGUCUGGGCAAUCUCAUUCGCUGGUCUGACCAAGUUAUGCUGGAGGGGGUCAACCUGGAAGAUAAAGAAACCAUUGUUACCGUCACCACUGUGAUCAAGGCAGUGCUCGACGGUGUUAAGGAGCUGGUGAAACUGACCAUCGAGAAACAGGAGCAUCCCUCCCCUACGUCUCCUGUCAAACCAGUGCCACCGGCCGCCCUGACUGAGAGCGCUGCAGAGCCACCUGCCAAAGAGAAGGAGAGUCUGGACAAGAGUUCAGCCACAACCCAAUCUACGGAAGUCUUGACUGAACCCACCGAGGAGGAAGCAGAGGAGGUGGCCCCUCCGAAACCCCCUCUCCCUGGCGUAAAGAUGGCUGAACACAAUCCUCCAGCUCUCCCUCCAAAGAAGCGCCAGUCGGCGCCCUCCCCCACUCGGGUGGCAGUGGUGGCCCCCAUGAGCCACGCCACCAGUGGCUCCGGUCUUCCCAUGGGCACUGGCCUCCACAAGCAGGAGUACGAGGUGGACGCGUUGCAGCGGCGCUUCUCAGGGGGCAGCCAUUCGUACGGAGGGGAGUCGCCGCGCCUGUCGCCCUGCAACAGCAUGGGCAAGCUGAGCAAGUCGGACGAGCAGCUAUCCUGGACAGUGGACAGUGGACAGUGCUCACGCAACACCAGCUGUGAGACUCUGGACACCACAGACCACUACGACCCGGACUACGACUUCCUGCACCAGGACCUGUCCAGCCUGGAACAGAUGCCUCCCCUGCCGGUGGGGGGGUGCCUCAGCCCCCUGCCCGAAUCCCACAGCGAGUCCUCCUCCCCUUCCCCGUGCCCUGGCCCCGGCCCACCACUGGCCCAACCCCACUUCACCCCUGCCUACCCCUCCCCCCAGCCGUCCCUCCAGGGCUCCUCCACGUCCCCUCUCUACUCCCGCAUGACUCCGGCAUUGCCGCCCCCCGCCCUGCCAGAAAAGAAGCGCCGCAGCGGGGCCAGCUCGGGCAUCUCUGACGGCUCCUACUCGGGCUCCUCCUGGCGUGUCUCCUUCGAGCGUCACCCGUCCCAGUAUGACAACCUCAUGGAGGAGGACAUGCCGUGUGCCCCCUUCCCCCUGUUCAUGCCUGGCGUCUCGCCCAUGACCCUGUGCCACUCCGGUGAUGGGUUUGUGUCUGAGUUCUGUGCCAGCGAGACGGCAGACGUCCCCCAGAGUCCACCCCCACUCCCCGAGAAGAAGAGCCGCCACAUACUGAAGUACAUGCAGUUUGUGGAGGACUACUCGGAGCCCCAGCCCUCACUUUUCUACCAGACACCGCAGAGCGAGAGCAUCUACGAGCAACGCAACAAACGCUUCCAGGAAGUCUACAGCUUCAACGACUCGUAUAGCAGUGACUCUGUUCACGAGCCUCUCCCACCCCCGGCACUGCCACCCAAACAGAGGCAGCUGGCCUCCCACUCUGCGUCUCCCUCUUCCUCGUCCUCAUCCUCUCUCUCCUGCCACCUCCAGCAGUCGCAGGCUGCGGUGGUGGAGGAGGUGGGGUCUGCGCUCAGCAUGUCCGUCUCUAACUCCUUCCUGAGCCGCCAGUCCUCCCUGACCACCCCCAUGAGCAUGGACCUAGCUGCCCCGGGCACUGGCGGCCCUGACCCUGUGCUGGUGGCCAACGGCUCACUGGACAGCUCUGGUGGCUCUCUUGCAGUCUGCCUUCCCACUGACUCUUCUUUCUCUGACACUCGUCAAACCUCUUUGAGUGAAAGCGCUAAUGAGGAAGUCGGGGAGGGAGAGUACGUCAAUCUGUACUCAUCCAGCCAAGCCAAAGGAGACGGGCCGCUCUCCCGCCGAGACUCAUCCGCCAUAGAUGACUCACUGGAGGACACUGCCUCAGAGAACCCACUGUGCGAGGACACGUGCAAUGACAGCCGAAGGCAAAAGUCCUCAGAAGAAGGGCCGAGUAGCGAAGAGACGGAUGAACUUUCCCUCAUCGAUCACAUGGAGAUCAUGUCCCGGAUAACACUAAAGCAGGAGAGCGACGACGGUCCAGAUGUCCGAGCCGGAUCGGGGGAUAUUUUAUUAGUCCACGCCACAGAAACAGACCGCAAAGAUCUUGUCUUGUACUGUGAGGCUUUCCUGACGACGUACAGAACAUUUAUAACCCCCGAGGACCUCAUCAAAAAGCUGCACUACAGAUACACCAGAUUUAGUCACAGCCCAGACACCUUCAAGAAGAGAGUCAGCAAAAACACCUUCUUCGUUCUGGUCCGUGUGGUGGACGAGCUGUGUUUGGUGGAGAUGACGGAGGACAUCCUGAAGCAGCUGAUGGACCUGGUGUUCAGGCUGGUGUGUAACGGUGAGCUGAGCCUGGCCCGCGUGCUCCGCAAGAACAUCCUGGACAAGGUGGAGCAGAGGAAGCUGCUGCGCUACACCAACUCCCUUAAACCACUGGCCGCGCGAGGUGUCGCUGCCAGACCGGGGACCCUGCAUGAUUUCCGCAGUCACGAAAUUGCUGACCAGCUAACUCUCCUGGACGCGGAGCUCUUCUACAAAAUUGAGAUCCCUGAGGUGUUGCUUUGGGCUAAGGAGCAGAACGAGGAAAAGAGUCCUAACCUCACACAAUUCACAGAGCACUUUAACAACAUGUCCUACUGGGUACGCUCCAUAAUCAUUCUGCAGGAGAAAGCCCAGGACCGAGAAAAGCUCCUCCUUAAAUUCAUCAAAAUAAUGAAGCACUUACGGAAGCUAAAUAAUUUCAACUCGUAUUUGGCAAUAUUAUCUGCCUUGGAUUCGGCUCCCAUCCGAAGACUGGAAUGGCAGAAAACAACCUCCGAGGGCCUAGAGGAAUACUGCACGUUGAUAGAUAGCUCCUCGUCGUUCCGGGCCUACCGAGCGGCACUGGCUGACGUGGAGCCCCCAUGUAUACCAUAUCUGGGACUUAUCCUCCAGGACUUAACCUUUGUCCAUCUGGGCAACCCUGACCUCAUCAACGGGAAGGUCAACUUCUCAAAACGCUGGCAGCAGUUCAAUAUCCUGGACAGCAUGAGGCGCUUCCAGCAAGUGCAUUAUGAUCUGAAACACAACGACGACAUCGUCUCCUUUUUCAAUGACUUCAGCGACCACCUGGCAGAGGAGGCUCUGUGGGAGCUGUCUCUAAAGAUCAAACCUCGGAACAUUACGCGGCGCAAAACAGAGCGCGAAGAGAAGACAUAGGAACUUGUCCCGCUGUAUUGGACCUUUUGGUCAUUUUACAAAAUCAUGGAAUUACAGGAGACUACAAACAAGUAGAACUGUGAAGGCAGCUAAAAGACUGUGGAUGAUUUUAUGUUUUUUACUGGACCUCUCAGACUUGGGAUUCUCUGUCUGUGUGUGAGUAAAGCCAGUGAGAGAGACACUGUGCAGUGUUGGAAGGCUCGCAAAAAGAUUGCUCAUGUUCACCUUUGACACCAACCUCAUCCACCCGAUGCCAUAUUAUGGGUAUGGUCCAAGCAUUACAGGAUACGCUAGGGGCUGUCCUCUCACAACCCAAGACAUUGCCCUGACUAAAACCUUAUCAUACUGAUGUGGGCCAUGGGAAACACUGCCCAAUGUCACUCAGUUUAGACUUUUUUUAUACGGGACUCCAGACCCCUUUUUUUGCUGCCACAAACUGUGACGCUGUAUCGCCUGACAUGGCAGAGAACUGCUAUGGGUGGUGCAGAACUUUGAGCAAAGACACUCAAAUCACCUGGGUCUGCUUCUAGACUGGUGGAAAAAUAUAUAUUACUGGUGCACAUAAGACAUCAUUUUGUCAUUAAAAAAACAUGGGGUUUUUUCAAGGAUGUGUUGUAUGUAUGAUACUGUCUGACUGAUGCAAUGCAGUUUUUGUUUUGUUCUUUAAAAGGAUGUGAAAAUUAUACUUCAAAAAUGCGGAGAAGUGAUACAUGAAGUUCAUAUACACUGGGGUCCGGAAUUAUUGGAUCCCUUGAUAAAGAUGAGCAAAGAAGACUGUAUAAAAUAAACAAUACAAAUGCUGAACUAUAUUGUAAAUAAAUAUAUUGUGUAUAAAUUGUCCUGGUACUUGGUAAUGCCAUUGACCUUUAACAAGGGCUCCAGGACCAGUGGAAGCAUAAUAGCCCCAUAACAUCAAAGAUCUACCACCAUAUUUUACAGUAGUGCCUAUGCAUUUUUCUUUUGAAAGCCAAACUCACCAUUGAUGUGCAUGGCCAAUGAGCUCUAUUUUCAUGUCAUCUGACCAUAGCAGCGCCAGGAGUUUGCUAAACGGCAUUGGCACUUGGAUUGGAGCCAGAGCUAUGGUCAUAGGACACUAUGCAUAUGCAGAAAAAAAACUCAUCCCUACUGUAAGAUAUGGUGGUGUAUUUUUAAAUGACAUGGGGCUAUUUUGCUUCCACUAGUCCCGGCGCCCUUGUUAAGGUCAACGGCGUCAUUAACUUUACCAAGUACCAGGACAUUUUAGCCAAAAAAACUGGUUGCCUCUGCCAGAAGGCUGAAACUUUUCCACAGGUGAAUCUUCCAGCAAAACAAUAACCCCAAAGCAUAUGUUAAAAAAUCAUCCAAAAAGAAAUGGUUAAUUGACCACAAAAUCAACAUUUUGAACCUCAUUGAAAACCUGUGGUUUGAAUUGAAGGGGACAGUCUAUAAGCACAGAUGAAGGAUAUCAAGCAUCUGGAAACAUUCUGUAUGGAGGAAUAAUCUAAGAUCCCUCUGAAUGUGUUCUCCAAUCUCAUAAAACAUUUUAGAAAAAGGCUUUGACGUUAACCUGGCUAGGGGAGGGUUGCUGGAGAAUUGAAAACGGGAUCCAAUACAUUUUAUCCUUUUUUAAUUUAUUUAAUUUAUUUUAAACAAUCUUUCUCCGAAAAAUUGUAUUAGUAUAAAAUAAUAUUUAUUUUUGCAUUUUUAGUCGUUUUUGCAUAUCUUUAUCAAGGGAUCCAAUAAUUCCAGACUCCACUGUACUUGCACUUAAAAAUCAAAUGAACAAAAAAAGUGAUGUAUGUGUCAUAGCAGUGAACAUUAGAAACAUUACAGCAAUCAGAAGUGGACCUGGUCACCAUCCCUCUACUGUUUAAUCUGGAUGGUGAAUGAAGGCCUUUUAUACAGAACAAAAAUAUAAACGCAACAUGUAAAGUGUUGGUUUCAUGAGCUGAAAUAAAAGAUCCCAGAAAUUUUC